CUCAGAAUGUUCCCCAGUGGGUGCGCGUGUUCCGCUUCGCAGUGUCCGUUAAAGCACCAAAAGGGGGGUCCACGGAGGGGGGCCAUAUAUCUUCGCCUCACUUUGAACUGCUUUUCUCCGUCGCGCAGCCCUUUUUGCUCCACUUGAACUGGUUCGUCGCUUUUUUAAAAACCUCCCCCAUUUGCAGAAGCCGCUGCAGCAGCUCCAACCACUUCAGCCGCUACAACAGCCCCACCCACAUUACAACUGAGCGAUGACGACUGAGCGGGCGUACCCUCACCCCUCUCAACGGCCGACGCGUGAAACUCUUCCGAGAUCCAGCCUUUUUAGCAAAAUGACCAUCAUGCGUAAGGAUACAUAAAUGCACCUGCGCGUAAGUAUGAGUGCCCAUUUUACGUACACGCCUGUAGGUCCAUUUGCGAUCAGCGUUGCUGCGUCACGGCGUAGCCAAAAGGGGAAAGAGCAGGGGGGAUAAUUUGGCUCCUUUUUUUUUGGGUUACCACGUGUAAUUAGCGCGUUGCAGCACCGCUUCCAGUUAGCUCCAUAACCAUGUUGUUCCCAGGCAAAACGCAGAGGCAACGUCUUUCCCCCCCAAACCAAUGUCACGAGCGCUGCGCCCCAUGGGGAGAAUUCUCCACAGCGUUAGUCACCCAUGUAGGGCGCAUAACCCGACAAGUGGGGUGACGCCUUACCCCCUCUCGAAGAAACAAAUCAGCUACACACAACACAACAGCAGAAAUAUCAAUUCGAAGAAUGCCUAUCUGUACGAUUUAUACAGAUCCUUGGAGAAUUGUAAAAAUGGAAAUAGCCUUUACAAACUGAGCUGCAAAAUAAAAGGGUGCCAAAUAUAUGACCUGUACAUAUGGAGAUUAGUGGAAGAAAAGUUUUUCAAAUUUCAAAAAGAGUUAACCCCCAAAGAAAUUUCCUCCAUCAUUAAUCAUUUUAAACAAAUAAAAAUUAAUGACAGUAAAAUAUACCACCGCUGUGUUGAUGUAAUUCUCCCAACCAUAGGCUCCUAUUCGUUACACGAUUUGUCUCUCCUCUGUUUGUCUCUUACUUACUUUAAUAAAGUGAACACAUCCUUCAUGGAAAGGGUAGCAGAUGCGAUAAUCAAAUUGUAUGAAAGUGAAAAGGCAAAAAUACACCAACUGUGUAAAAAAGAGCUUCAACAGAUUUUCAUUUCGUACGUACAUAUAAUUGGAGCCUAUAGUAAGGUAGGCCAUAAGCACAUCGAAUUAUUUAAAAUAGCCUCGGUGUAUAUUCAUUUGGCACUUACUGCUGAUGUGUACGUUCCUUCCAAAAUAUUAAUCAAGAUAGUCACCUCAUAUGCGUGCGUCAAAAUAAAGCACAGCAAAAUAUUCGAGCUAAUAGCCAAGCAGAUACCCACGGUCAAAAUUACGGAUGACGAACUGAAGAGCAUCAAGCGGAGCUUCGACCAACUCGGCUACUCCUGCGAAACCCUGGAGAAGUACAUCCAGUACAGGCUGUCCUAGCUCGGCACUCCCCUGCGUGGACGCAUUUUCGGCCCCACCGAUUGGCAUUACACCUUGGCGAGGUAGCGAAUUGGGUUUUUCCUUCCCUCCGAGGGGGCACGCGAGUGCGGGUAGCAGGGCGCACCACGCGAACUUCCAACCACCACGCGGAAUUGUAACCACCUCCCGAAAUUCUAGCCGUGGUGCACACCUCCCACCACCGCGGCUCUUCCGACCGCCCCUCACAAACUGCGGACCCGGCGCAUCAAAAACUGGACGACGUCCCCCAAGUACGCCGCGUUGUGGUUGUACGUGUUGAAGAAGUUGCUCUCGAG